ACAAUGGCGUGUCUCAAUACCCUAAAGCUGGAAAUAAAAACAUUGGAGAAAAUCUUCACAAAGAAUCACGAACGUUUUCAAAUACUUAAUUCCAGUGUUGAUGAGUUGACAUGUCGUUUCAUUGGCAAGAGUGGCAAACGUUAUGACAUUCAUGCAAAUAUCACGGAAACUUAUCCAUCAUCACCCCCAGUUUGGUUUGCCGAAAGUGAAGAGACAAGCGUAACAAAUGCUGUUCAAAUACUAAGCAAUACAAAUGGUCGUGAUAACCAUGUCAUAAACCAGGUUGGCAUAUUAUUACGAGAAUUAUGCCGCCUACAUAAUGUACCACUGCCGCCCGAUAUAGACAACCUCACAAUACCGUUUCAAUUGCCACCACCUAAUAGUUCAUCAUCAUUGAAUCAACAGCCUGCAGAUCAGAAUCAAAUUGAGGAUAUCGAAUCAGAUCAAGAUGAUAUCGAAGAUCCCAUUGGCGAUAGUGAACAGGAGAGCGAGGCGGAUGAAGAUCUUCCUCUUGAAAUGGACGAUGUUCGCAGUACGAAUAAAAAGGACGAAAUGGAAGUUGAACACUUAGCAACACUAGAAAGACUGCGUCAAAGUCAACGACAAGACUAUCUAAAGGGUUCUGUUUCCGGUUCCGUUCAAGCAACCGAUCGCUUAAUGAAAGAAUUACGUGAUAUCUAUCGUUCUGAUUCAUUUAAGAGCAAUAUGUACUCCAUAGAAUUAGUAAAUGACUCCAUAUACGAAUGGAAUAUACGCCUUAAGUCCGUUGAUCCUGACAGUCCAUUACACAACGAUUUGAUAAUGCUCAAAGAAAAAGAAGGCAAAGAUAGUAUUCUUUUAAAUAUCAUAUUCAAGGAAACCUAUCCAUUCGAGCCGCCCUUUGUGCGUGUGGUACAUCCAAUUAUAUCAGGUGGUUAUGUCUUAUUGGGUGGAGCGAUUUGCAUGGAGUUACUAACAAAACAAGGCUGGAGUUCGGCCUAUACCGUGGAAGCUGUGAUUAUGCAAAUUGCUGCCACACUGGUUAAGGGCAAGGCCCGCAUACAAUUUGGAGCCACCAAGGCCUUAUCGCAGGGUCAAUACAGUUUGGCGAAGGCGCAACAGAGUUUCAAAUCAUUGGUUCAAAUACACGAAAAGAAUGGUUGGUUCACUCCCCCCAAAGAGGAUGGCUAAGACUUAAUG